AACACACAAAUUAAUGACGUCAUCAAAUUAUGUGUUUAUGUUUAGCCGAACAUUGUGGAAGUGAUUUUGCAUAAAAAUAAUGCUAUUGAUAAAGGAGAUAUAUUUCUGAAGGUUCAAGUCCGAAAAAGAAAGCUUAAUUUAUGAUUUUGAACUAGAUUAUUGAGUAACCAUAUCAAUACAUUAGAUCCUGGUUUGUGUUAUGUUAAUCAUAGAUCACUGAAGAGAUCGAAUUAUGUCGGAAACCUCAGCCUUGGACGUCGAGCCUUCAACCGAGGUGUGAUGUAACCCCUUACAUUGGAGUGAACUCAGUCAGUCUAGGACCAAUAAAUAUUUCAAAAAUAUAACCGAUAUCGAGUGAAGAGAGCUCUUUCCGAUUCCCACUUAGCUGAGUUGUGGCUCUUUACGAUAUAAUGAAGAAGGCUGGGUUUGUACAGAGUUUGCCCUCUGACUUCAGUGAUGUACAACCUCGUAACUAUGAUCCAAACUAUAUCUCUGAAAUCAGCAACCAGAUGCAAAUUCCAGAUAGACUUCAAUAUGAUGGGACUGUCGAUUCUCGGUCAAAGUCACCUCCUCUUAAAUCAGAAGUGCUUUCUAAUAUGACCAUUCCAGAAAGGCUUGUCUUUGUAGGAGAAGAUAAGCAUGUGGGUCUGAAAUCUACUAUGCGGCAAUUUGACUUUGACAACAUACCCCAGACUGGAGCAUCGUAUGUUGGAAUGAUCACUCCACCAAGAACACUAACUUUAGAGGAGCAAUUUCCUUUUGUUGAAGAUUCAGCAGAACCAGAACGCCAUAAACGUAGUGUAAUGCCUCUAGUGAGAAAUGGGGUGAAUACUCAAGUCUAUACUCCCGGCACCUCUCCCGGUGAUACUUUGCUUCUAAAUGACGAGGACGAAGCCACUUUGUUACGUACUCAUUUGGCCAAGUUGACACGGCGGAUCGUAUCGUUAGAGCAGGAAAAUCAGAAACGAGCUCAACGCGAUUUAAUUAUUUAUCCUACACUUCUCGGCUAUAUGUUGUGGAAAGUAUUAACAUGGUUUUUCCGUAGUAACUGAAAAGAAAAAAAAAAAAAAUUGAAAUCUGUUCUUUUUUUUUUCCUAACUAUCAAAUAUUGAGCUCAAUAUUAUUAUAUCAAGCAGUCAGAUAAUAUUGGUGGGGUAUGGGAGUGGGGUGGGUUAAAACAAUUCAACAAUUUAUUUUUACUUGUCAUUGUUAUUGUCACUCAUGUAUUUGAGUCAGUUCAAAUUUAGUUGGAACACCCAUGAUGUGUGUGCUCUCACUCUCUGAACGAAAGAGUGAUUGUUGGUCCAGCUUUCUAUUUUUAUAAUUUUUCAGUAUAAUAAUAAUAAUAAUAAUAAUAAUAAUACCAACAACAACAGCAGACAUGAUAGAGAGAUGGAAUAAAUUCCUCAUAGCCUUGCUCAGAGUAGGCUUUAUCUGCCAUCACAUUGAAGGUGUCUCAUUGGAAUCAAGGCCAAUACGCAGCCAACUGUGUUUGGUUCACAUCAGUUAUAUUCCCACCCAUCUCUUUACCUAAAUGUGUGGCGCUGUGCCAUUGUCAUAGCAUCAGUAUUAUUAUUACCAUUAUUAGGUAGAGAGCUGGCUGAAUCGUUAGCACACCAGACGAAAUGCUUAAUGGUAUUUUGUCCAUCUGUAUGUUCUGAGUUCAAAUUCUGCCAAGGUUGACUUUGCCUUUCAUCUUUUUGGGGUCGAUAAAAUAAGUACCAGUUGAAUACUGGGGUCGGUCUAAUUGACUCUCCCCUUCCCCCAAAUUUCAGGCCUUGUGCCUAUUGGUAGGAAGAGUUAUUAUUACCAUUAUUAGGCAGCAAGCUGGCUGAAUCGCUAGCACAACAGGCAAAAUUUUUAGCAGCAUUUUGUCUGUCUUUAUGUUCUGAGUUCAAAUUCCACCAAGGUUGACUUUGCCUUUCAUCUUUUUGGGGUCGAUAAAAUAAGUACCAGUUGUGUACUGGGGUUGAUCAUAUCGACUAGCCUCCUCCCCUAAAUUUUCAAGUCUUGUGUCUAUAGUAGAAAGGAUUAUUAUUAUUAUUAAGGUGGGGAGCUAGCAGAAUUGUUAACGUGUCAGACAAAGUGUGUUGUAGCAUUUCGUCCAUCUUUAUGUUCUGAGUUCAAAUUCUGCUGAGGUCAACUUUAGUCUUCAUCCUUUUGGUGUUGAUAAAAUAAGUACCAGUUGAGUCCUGGGGUCGAUGUGAUGAUUAGCCCCUGCCUUCAAAAUUUCAAGUCUUGUGCCUAUAGUUGAAAGGAUCAUUAUUAUUAUUAUUAUUAUUGUUCUUAUUAAUAGUAGUAGUAGUAGUAAGGUGGCAGACUCAUUAGCACAUUGGACGAGAUGCUUAGCGAUAUUUCUCCCGUCGCUAUGUUUUGUGUUCAGAUUUGCUUUUCAUCCUUUUGGGGUUGAUAAAUUAAGUACCAGUGAAACACUAGGGUUGAUGUAACUGAUUCAUCCCCUCCUCCAAAAUGGCUGCCCUUGUGGCAAAAUGUGAAACCAUUAUUAUUAUUAUUAUUAUUAUCAUUUAAGCUCAGAACAUAUUUAGUUUCAGCCCUUUACUUUCCGAGUUCAAAUUCUAUGAAGGACAACUUUGCCUUUCAUCCUCCUGAGGCUGAUGGAAAGAAAGUACCAGUCAAUUGCUGGGGUUAAUAAAAAUCGACUAACCUGUCCCACCAAAUCUGUGGCCUUGUGCCUAUGUAAGAAAUCAUUAUUAUUAGAAUAAAUAUUUUAAUAUUUUCAUCCAAGUCAGAAAAUGAGCCAAUCAAAUGAAUUUAUAAAAUAGAAAACUAUAAAGUUUGUUUCUUUUGUUAAUAAAAUGACUCUAUGAAUCCCGUUUACAUGAGUGAUGAGUGACAGUCUUGUAAAAAUCACAUGACGUUUGACAAAAGGAUUUAUGAUUGCUAAAAAUGGUGAAUGAUUAAUUGAUUGGUAUUUGGAAGUUGUGGGUAUAUCGGAGCAGUGUAUUAGCAGAGCACUUGACUAAAUGCCUUCUUUUAGCAUUAAAUCUCAUCUCUUCCACAUUCUAAGUUUAAAAUCCAUCUGCAGCCGAUUAUGUUAUUCCUACUUUCGGUUGUUGAUAAAAUAAUUACAAAGUAUGUUCUAGGAUCUGGUUCUGUUGUCCAUCUUCUUCUACAAACAUUCUUGUCUUUGUUGUGUCAACAUAAACAAAUUAUUGGUUACACUAACAUUUAUAGGUGUCAACUGUAAAGUUAGUGGCAUCUAAUACUUUCUAAGUCUGUACUUUAUUAAUAUACUGCUUAAUGAUAAUAAUAAUAAUAAUAAUAAUAUUUAUCAACAACAAAAUUAGUUGAGUAAUUUUUCCUGCAUGCAUGCAGACACACUCACACAAACAUUUACAAAUCAAAAUUGUAAUUGAUGUUGAUUACUUUUAUUUCAAUUAUUAUUUUUUAAAUUGACUAAAAUAAAAAAAUUAAAAAAAUGUUUAUUGCAACAGCUAUAUAUAUAUAUAUAUAUAUAUAUAUAUAUAUAUAAAACAGCUUUAUCUUAAUAUUUGUUUCUUCCUGAAGAAUGCCAUGCUAUGGUCUUUUACUUUGUUGCUACUCAGCUGAAACAGGGAUUACAGGGAUGGUUUUCUUGUAAAAAAGCCUUGAAUGUAGAUAAAGAAUGGGGACUCUGUUGUCUAAAAAGAAAUAUUAUUACUUAUUUUGGUAAAUUAAGGUUUCUUUAAUAAUAUUGCAAUUAAUCCUGUAGUUAGGCAUUUCUACUAUCAAAAGAUUUCAAAUUUUAAACCUGAUGAAGGUAAAAAAGAAAAAAAUAUGGAUACACAGUAAUCCCUUGCCAUAUUGCAGUUCACCUAUCCUGGUUUAUUAUUUAAGCUUACGUCGAUUCCUCCGUGGUGUUGUUUUACAUUUAUCAUAAAAUAUAUUUAUUUAUUUAUUUAUUUAUGUGUUUCAGCCAAGUGGCUGCGGUCAUGCUGGUGCACCACAUAUAUGUACAAAAUAUAAAAAGAAAUAUACAGUACAGUUUUGUUUCUACUUUGUGGAUUUUCACCUGUCGCAGGUGGUUUUGGAACGUAACACCAGCGAUAGUCGAGGGAUUACUGUAAUCAAUAAAUGAAAUAACUUUUCCUAUGUGAAAAGUUGUUGGGACUAAUUGUUGUCAUGAUGUGGGAAGUUGGAAACUGGAAAGUUUGUAAAGGUGGGACAUUUAAAACUACAGCGUUUGUAGAUAUCAGAAAUUUCAAAAUGCAAUGUUUAUACAUAUAAGAAUCGAGUAAAAGUCUUUUUCUAUUUUUUUAGAGACUGUUCGUGUAAUAAUUUAUAGGAUAAUAUAUUAAUUGCAAGUAUGUUCACUUUAAAUACGGAAAAAAUUUUCUGAUUCUUGUACAGAAUUUCAAGAGUCAAAUGUCUGAAAAAUAGGAAUCUGCUCAUGUUGGAUACAUCCAUUGGUCUCCAGCUAUGGGAGGUUUUUUCUUUUCUUCUUUUGUAUUUUCUAUGACCAUUAUAAAACUUACGGUUAAAUAUCUCAAUGUAUGGCUUGAAGGCUUUAACAUUCUUAACCAACUAGGCUACUGAUGCAAUAUUAUAAAUGUUUAAAUUAAAAAGUUCCUAGUUCAAAUCCAGUCUGGUUCUCUGUGCACAUCCAAGUAUAAGAUGACACUUAUUACUGAAUAGAGUUCACACUGAUCGAAAGUAGGGUGGAUGUAGAACUGAACUUCUUCAUAUUUAAUGACAACUUCUAUCGACAGAUCGGGGACUGCGAUGGGCACGUGAAUUGCCCCCUCCCUUGCUAACCUAGUCAUGGGGUGCUUAGAAAUCAGUCUUUAUCAUAAAGUUAGGUAAACUGAUGGAAUAUAUAGCAUUUAGGGUGAAUGAAGACGCUACUGGAUUGUCAGUGCCUGGUGUAUAAGUUCCAGUUUACUGGCUGUCUUGAGCUUUCAAGCUUAUCGGACCAUAGUUCACUCUAGCUUCCAUGGUUUUAUAAGUAACUGAGAGGAGAGAAUUGCCUACUGGACCACAAAUUUAAACCACAAGCUAUGCUGGUACUCAUUUCAGUUGAGUGGACUGGAACAACUUGAAAUGAAGGGCAUUGCUCAAGGAUACAACACACCAAAGUUAUGGGUUUGAUUCUAGUUUAGGAAUGAAACUGAGGCUUUACAAUCCUAAGUCUCAUAUCCUAACUGCUAGGCUUUGUACCCUGACUCAAUCUACUGCAUGGGAUGCUAAAUUGCCUCUUUUUAUCUCUAAGAUAUAUAAACUGAGGUAAUAAAGCAUUUGACAGCCUUAACAAUAGAUUGAAACUUAUAACCCAGGACUGACAGUACAUCCAUUUUGCUUUUUCCAUUUUUAUUUCAAUUCAAGGCAAUCUCUAAAUGUAUAAAUCAGAAAACUUUAACACACACAAAUGGAUUUUUGUAAGAAAUAGUAUUUUUCUGUUAAUUAUUUUCAGUAUAUCAACAAGAAUUUAUACAAUUAGUUUUAUCAAACAUUGCUUGUUUAUUUACAAUAAUUAUAACAACAAAAAAAUAUUUUAGAGAAAAGUAGAAAAUAUAUUAAAUUAAGAAUGUUCGGCUGACAUAUCUUUUACUUUUUAUGGUUUUUCUUCAAGUUCAUAUCGUUGACAUCUGGUAAGAUUUUGUUAAUGUUUUAUCAUAAAAGUAAUAAAAAGAGUACAGUGAACUUGCCAUGGGGGAUUGGAAAACCCAAUGUUUCAAACAGAAUCUUUCUUCAGGGAAAAGUAGAGAAAUUAACAACAGAGUUUUACAUCCUCAGCGAGUUCUUUUUUUUUCUUAAACUCAUCAGAUGUAAAACUCUGCUGCUGUUCCUCAUUAAUUUCUCUCCUUUCAACUUUUCCCAGAAGGACGCCGUUCAGAAACAUUGGAUAUUCCACCAUGGCAAGUUCACUAAUUUUUUUUUUAUCAGUUACUAUCAGACCAACACCAGCCUCUUUGGAGUAUGUUUCUUCCUUAUCUAAUAAUGUUUGUUUUAUAACAAACAAACAAGAUGAGACAGUUUUGUUUAUAUAUUUAUUUGAUGCAUAACAAAACAGUUCAUACAGGAGAGAAACCAUUAAACCUUCUUUAAAUUAUGUUGGUUUUAUUCUUGUACUAAUACUUUCUAGUCAUGUAUCCUUUAAGCAUUUAUACUGGCCAUAUUUGGCCCAAAUAUUCUACCUGUUUUAAGUUCAAACUGACCAGAUCUGACCUCUCACACCUACCCUACAAUAUCAUUCUAAAAAUAAACACAUCAUCGAUAUCUCAAUGCUGUGAGAUAAUGCAUGAUUAAUUAUAAAUAUUGUUAAUAAACAAGUAUUACACUUGGACAGUGAUCAGAGUGCUAAAGGGUUAAAAUGCUAAAUAUCCGACAAGCAAUUUACCAAAAAUCAUCUUUUUCUCUUCAUUUAAUUUUCAGAGGCCAACAACAGUUUUUCUGCUUUAUAUAUUCUUCUGAAAUCUGUUGCUUAAAUUGAAUUAAAAUCUCCAUGAUUGACUUUUGCUAAUUUCUUUCUAAUCUGUCCUAACAAACGAAGAUGAUCGAUAUUUCAUUUUAUUUUAUCUCGAAUUAAUUUUAUUCCAGUUUCCUUAAUUAAAAAAGUAAUUAAUUUGCCUUUUAUUUUGUUUAUUUAUGACAGUUUUUAAUUGUUUUUAAAAAUAUUAAAGAUCUUUGAUUCUGUAUAGAUAACCAGGUAUAUUCUAAUGCACUUGAAUAUUUUCCCCAUCUCUUUACACAAUUCUUGAAAUAAUGAACAAUAGUCUCAUGUGGCUUGCUUCUCGAAAAAGAGUUGCCUGUGCCUGCUUUAACCUAAAAGGCCUACCUUUUCUUUUCUUCUGUCAUUUUAAAAUAGCAAGCGGGUUCUUUAGGGGGUAUGUUCUCCAAAUAUAUUAACAUUUGCCCAGUUUUAUAAAUAAUAUUGAUCUUGAUAUUUAAUAACUCAAUCUCAGUUUGUUUUUUUUUGUUUUUUUUCUUUGAGGUCUCCAGCAGAAAUAAAUUUCUUUUGAUUCCUCUCUUGAUUGAUUAAAGAUAUAAUUUGUAAAAAAAAAAACAAAAGGUGGUGCUCCAGCAUGGCCGCAGUCAAAUGACUGAAACAAGUAAAAGAGUAACAAAGAAAACCAAACAGUUUCAAUAAGGCUUUAACUUCAAAACACUUUUUUUUAUUAUGUGUAUAUAUAUAUUUACAUAUAUGUAAAUAAACCACCCAGAUAAACCUGGAUCAGUAUUUUUCAGUCUUUAGAUGUUGUUUUGUUGCUAUUAACUUUGCCUCUUAUUUAUGUAUUUAUUUAAUUAAUUAUUAUUAUUAUUAUUAUUAUUAUUAUGGCGGCAGACUGGCAGAAUCAUUAGCUUGCCAGACAAAAUGCUUAUCAGCAUUUCUUCCAGCUUUAAAUUCUGAGUUCAAAUUUUGCCAUGGUCAACUUUGCCUUUCAUCCUUUUUGGGGGUUGAUAAAAUAAGUACCAGUCAAAUAUUGGGAUCUUUGUAAUCAACUAAACCCUUCCCCUCAAAUUUCAGGCCUUGUGCCUGUAUUAGAAAGAAAUAAUGAUAAUAAUAAUCCUUUCUACUAUAGGCACAAGGCCUGAAAUUUUGGGCGAGGGGACUAGUUGAUUACAUUGACCCCAGUGUUUCUCUGGUACUUAAUUUAUUGACCCUGAAAGUUUGAAAGGCAAAAUUGACCCCGGUGGAAUCUGAACUCAGAACACCACUCACCCAAGAAUUUGUCCAAUACAUUAGCAAUUCUACCAGCUUACCAGCUUAAUCCCAAAGGAUUUAGUUUUUAAAAAUUGAUUUGUAUAACUCAUUGUGUAUAUCUUUUGUCAAAUUUAUUCAAAAUAUUCUUUUAAAUAAUAUGCUGAUGGAGACAAAAAGACAAAAAAACAACAACAAAACAAUCAUUUUUCUUACAAUGUUGUUGAAUCAUCAUCUGACUUACUUUUCUCGUCUUCAAAUUGACAUAUCAGAUUGCUUCUCUGAGAUUUGAUCUCUUUGACUCUUGGUUUAUUAAUGUCUAACUCUUGAUACUUAUAAAUUGAAAUGUUCAUUCAUUCUUAUGACAUUCACAAUGUUUUCCCUAAACUGUUCACUUCAGUAAAAAAAAAAAAAAAAGGAAAUAAUUAAAAGAAUGAAUAAUUGAAAAACAAAAUACAAAAUAUUUCACAAAAUAAUUUGGAGAUUUUGGGGAUAUCAAUUUCCAGAGAUUUCUUUCAUAAAAUCAGAAAUAAAAGACAAAAGCAA